AUGGCUUAUUUAAUAUCCUUCGGGGUGUCUUCAUCCAAGUUCCAGUUCCAAUUACGGAAAUACCUAGGGCCGAUCAAAGAGAUGGAGGAAGAGGAGUCAGACAUGGAACCAGGCUCGGAAAGACCAGCUCUCGAUAGUAUCAUCCACCCAUAUUUUGCGGAGGAAUACUUCUCUCCGCAAACACUUCUCCCUCUCGGCCAUGGAACGCCAAUAUCGGACGAGAUGAAACGCGUGAGAUCUCGAAGUCCUGAGAGCCCAACCCCUGGAGCUGAGUUAGCAGGAGCAUUGAAACGUCGUGGGUGA